AUGACAUUGCCUAAAUUAACUGAAGGUGCCUUUGAAAAAAUUCUUUCGGGCUGUGAAAUGGACUCACCGAUUGUUCAACUAUUAGCUCAAAAAAAUGCUUCUGCUACUAGUGUCAAUCGUCUCCAGGUUUUGCUGUCCGAUGGAAACGUCAGUUACCAAUUUUGCCUAAUUGUUGGACCCCUAGUUUUACGAGUUGAAACUGCUGAAUUUGGCAAAUUUUCAGUUAUCCGUUUGCUUAAAUAUUAUUGUAAGCAAACUAAUCACGAUAAACGUGUUAUUAUUAUAACUGAGGCUGAAGUUGUGACUCCUGGAGCUGUUGUUGGCCUUAAGCUUGGUAAUCCAAGCAUUGUGACUGAUUUCUCUAAGGAAUUAGAUUCUAAUGCACAAACUUUGGAUCAUCAAUUCGGUGGCAAAUCAAGUGGUGCAAUUAAAUUUGCCUCUCAGUUUAAUGAUGUCCCAGUCUUUAAAGAAGAACAAAUCUGUCCAGUUUCUCAAAUUACGCCAUAUGUGAAAAAUUGGGUACUGCGCGGGCGAGUUACCUCUAAAAGUACUGUUGUGAGCUGGAAUAAUGUUAAAGGUUCUGGUAAAUUGUUUACAUUUAAUUUAGCUGAUCAUUCCGGUGAAAUAAAAAUAACCGCAUUUCGUGGUGAAUGUGAUAAAUAUUUCGAUGUGGUAAUUUUAGGAAAAGUUCAUAUUCUUUUUAAUGCGGUUGUAAAAGAGGCAAAUAAGAAAUAG